CGCAUUCAUCAUAUCUAUCUCUCUCAUAUACAGCGAUCAUGAUGAAUUCCAUGCCGAAUGAUCUCGUUCUGGAGAUAUUCUCCAGAUUGCCUGCAAAAUCAGUAGCCAUGUGUUGUUGCGUGUCGAAGCUAUGGGCGUCAAUACUAAACAGUCAAUAUUUCAGAGAGUUGUUCCUGAGAAGGUCCUCAUCUCAUCCACGUCUUUUAUUUGCCGUUCGAGGAUAUGAAAACACUACUAGAAAGUGGAAAUUCUUCUCGUCCCCUCAGCCUCAUUAUUCAUUAGAUAAGUCGUCUCAUCAUGUAGUUACCGCUGAUUCUCAUAUGAAGUAUUCGGAAGAUAUGCAACUGUACUUUUGUAGCUACGCCUCUGGUUUGAUGUGUUGCCGUCAAAAUAAGUGGAUUCCCAAGGAAAAUGAAAUGCAUAUAGUGCAUGUGAUAUGCAACCCUAGCACAGGACAAUAUGUUUUAUUACCUAAACUGAGAAUAUACGACAACCAUUAUGGUUUCUCGAGAAGCUCUUUAGUGUUUGAUCCUGUUAACAGGCAAUUCAAGGUAUUGUUCUUGGCUCAUAAUGUUCAGAGAAUUAUAACAUUAGGAACUGGAGAAAUGAGAUGGAGAAAUAUCCAAUUCUUUGAUAAAGGGAUAUGCAUCAAUGGGAUUUUGUAUUACUUGGAUUUUACGAGGGAUGAUGAUGAUACAUGGCCGCAAACUCAAAUACUAGUUUGUUUUGAUGUUCGGUCUGAGAAAUUCAAAAUCAUUGAAGAAAAAGAAGUAGUGGAAUGCUUUGAUGAGUUUUUGAUAAAUUAUAAGGGUAAAUUAGGUGGUGUGAAGACAAAUUAUGCUGGCGAAACCCUUCAGUUACGUAUGUGGGUUCUAGAAGAUUUCAAGAAACAGAAACUGUCUGAAUAUGUCUAUAAUUUGCCGAAGAAUGAAUUAAUCGUUGAUGACAAUGUUUCUGAUGUUGGAAUGACCGCGAGAAGUGAGUUUGUUUUGUUAUUGGGCGACUAUACAUCUGUACCGUUGUAUGUUUUCUUCUUCAAUCCCGAAAGCAACACUCUCCAAACUGUUGAGAUCCAAGGUUUUGAAGGUUUGCGUAACUUUGAAAUCGACCAAGUUGAAGUCUUUGUAGACUAUGUAGAGGAUCUUAGGUUUGAUUUUAUGAAGACAAGUCUCCUGCCAGAACAAAAGCUUAAAGACACAGCUGGUACAUCAACAUCAUCCAAAGAUCAUCUGCUAAAAGAUCCUGGCACAACAUAUGCUGCAACAUCUACAAGCCCAACCGAAGAUACGAGUACUAAACCCACUGGCACAUCAACGUCAUCUAAAGCUCAACUGCAACAAGGUCGUGGUAAGUUUGAGAGCAUUAACAAGUUUGAUGCUCUGUGUCUUUUAGACGACCAUGUAGAUGAUCUUAGGUUUGAUGUUAUGAAGACAAGCCUGCCAGAACAGAAGCCUAAACAAACGAGUACAUCAUCUAGAGUCGACACCUCCGUUAAAUUCAGUCCGAUAAAUAACGACGUUUCAUUUAGGAGGCCGAUGCAUGUGGCAGUGUCUUCGAAUGUGUUUUCUGAAAAUCUUCGCAAAGGUUGGUAUGUGUCCCUCUGCUCCCUACUAGUUUAUUAA